CCGGGAAAAUGGCGGUUACCAUGAAUUGAAAACCACUCUCAUCGCAAGAAUUUGCCGUUUUCCUGUCUAAGGUAAGAUACGCAUUUACACACGCUGUUUACAACGCUGGGUAACUUGGCAUGGACAACCAAGAUGGCGUCAUGAAAUUGGGGGUAAAAAUGCGACCAGGGAUUGAGCCUCACCAUGUCUCUGCUGUGAAACCAUUUCAGCCAUCAACAUUAGCAUGUUUAGAAGAUCAACCAGCAGGUGCUUUUUCCGGAGUGUCAAAAGACGGCAAGAGUGGGUGGAUUGUGAGGGGAGCCUUGCUAGAGGUUGUUGAUGUCUCCUCAGGUAAACGUCUGGCUGCCUGGCAGUUUGGGCGUAUCCUCAGUGAUGAACACACCAAUGUCACAUGUGUGGAGGAGUUUGGGGUGGGUCAGACAUUGAAGCUGCUUGUAGGAGUUUGUAAUGCCUCGCCAGUUGGCCUGCUGUGUGUAUUUGAUGUUUCUCUGUCCAAAGUGAUCAAAGCUGUGGAAAUACCACAUCCCGUAAGUCCCUGUUUUCUGUUUUGUGAUAAUAGAACUGCCAUUAGUGAGUUAAAAAUUAAAUCCGAGUUACAUUAUUCUACUUUCCUAGUAUCUUUGGAUCUAAAUAUCCAGUAUUAG